GCCCUAAACUUCGCUGGGGGUUGGAGAAGUUGUUCUUGAAGCCAUCAGCCUAAAGUGAGGUAGACAGGCGAGCUGUGCCACCUUCCACCUGUCUACGUACAUUUAACCCCUGAGUCCCGCUGCUCACCUCGCUCAUCUGUGACAACCACUCAGUGCUAUAGGUUGAGGUUUCAUCUGUCAGAAUGGAGGAUUCGUCAGAGCAGUCCCACUGGGUGUCUCCAGCUCUGCUCAGCUCAGAUCCUCUGGCUGGUUUCUCCACUGAGCCCGGCCUUCUUCCUCCAGGAGAAGAAGGAGAGGCCUUUUUCUCAAGCCAGGACACAGACUACACCAGCCUGCCCCCUUUCUUCUCCAACCCAAGCUACAGCCGAGCGCCACCCACCUACAGACACAGCUCGGUUCGACAGGUGUUCACCUCACCGAGCCUCCUCAGCAACCUCCAGCUGCUAGACGGGCCAGGCAGCCACUCCCUGAGCUCACCCUACAACCCCCCGGCCUCCACCUGGAGCAGCAGCCCCCUCAACAAGACCCCGCUGCACUCACACACCCCGACCUCCCUCUACACCCCCUGCGUCACUUCCUCCUUCACCACCUCCAGAGACGGAUACUUUUCUCCGAGCAGAGAGGGCAGGGAGAGCCCCCGGCUUCAGGAGGCCCUGAAGGCCGAGCGCCUGAGCCCGUUGGGGGGGUCGGGGGCCAGCAGCAGUUUUCUGAAUCUGACUCCUGCUGCUGGGAGUGUGUACACUCCGUCAUCCCACUCCCACCCACACAUGCUGAGCCCCUACAGCUCGUACAUGACAGGUCCACAAGAGUACAACUCUGGUGCCCUGUACUCCAGCCCUGGAGCAUGGAUCAGCCCCUCAUACUCCCCUAAACUUCGCAAUAAGAUGAGAAUAUCCACUCCAGAGGCCAGAGAGUGUGUUAACUGCGGAGCCACAGCUACCCCUCUGUGGCGUCGGGAUGGUACAGGCCACUACCUGUGUAACGCCUGUGGACUGUACCACAAGAUGAACGGCCAAAACAGACCACUAAUCCGACCCAAGAAGAGACUGAUUGUCAGCAAGCGGGCAGGUACGCUGUGUGCCAACUGUCACACAAGCACAACAACACUGUGGAGACGCAACGCCAACGGAGAGCCUGUGUGUAAUGCGUGUGGUCUCUACUUUAAACUGCACAAUGUCAACCGGCCCCUCGCCAUGAAGAAGGAAGGCAUUCAAACGCGCAACAGAAAAGUGUCCAACAAGAACAAGAAGAGCAAGAAGGCCGCCAUGUUUGAGUCGUACUCGGAUGUGACUCAGCAUCCAUCCGGGGACGACAAUUGCGGGUCAUUUUCCCUCGGCCCCGGGACUCUCCUCACCUACAGCAACACACCGCACCUGCAUCCCUCCGCCUCCUUACAAUACACACACCACCUCAACAAUGGCAUGAUGCCCACACUGGUGUGAAAUAACAAUAAAAGGACACCUGAAAGCUGGGUAUAUUCAGGAAUCAGUACGCUUGCUUGCCAGUUAUUUGUGUGAAUUUGUACAUAUGUGUUUCUACGCUGGACGACUGGAGUUUUCUGUUCAUUGUCACUGUAUUUUAGAAGAUAUUAUCUCGAUCAAGUAUGAUUGCAGUCAGAUAAAAUCACUCUAUUGAGGUUGCUGCACAUGUAAACACAAUGAUAAGGGACUUUUUUUUCAGCUGUAAAUACAAACACAAAUUGGAUUUGACUGCCCAAGUCAUAAUCCCUUGUCUAUUAUUAGUAAUGUGAAAUCAUACUUGGGUUUUGUGUUACACAAGUCUCUUUUGUAUUUGCAAAAUUGAUAUAUUGAAAUAAUAAAAUGUGUGACUUAUUCUG